UUGUAGAUAAGUCAAGUGAAGUAGUGGCUCCUCAGUGAGAUUCAUCAAAAGUCAAUAUAAAGACAAUAUAUAACUUAAAGAGAUGUUCCUAUUUUUUAGAGAAACUCAGCGUACUCUCUCUGAAAAAAACGACUCCAGAUAUGCGAUGCAGAUUCCUAAGAGUAACAGAAAGAAGUUGCAAAAAGCAAAAUCAAAGGCUCGAUUGUCAGAUGAGGUAAAAGAAAUUCAGGAACAGAAAGAGACCUCUACUGUAAGAUCAAAUAAGGUUAUUGACCCAGAAGCACCUGUAUACCUCAGUAUAAGAGAAAGGAUAAAACAUAUCUUAAAGGACAGGGAGCUGAGGCCAGAGGAAAUAGAAGAGCUAAGAGAAGCAUUUAAAGAGUUUGACAGGGACAAGGAUGGCUUCAUAGGAUACAAGGAGCUGGGCGAGUGUAUGAGAACCAUGGGGUACAUGCCAACUGAGAUGGAGCUGAUUGAACUAUCCCAGAAAAUAACAGGUGGUAAAGUGGACUUUGAAGACUUUGUAGAGCUGAUGGGACCAAAACUUCUGGCGGAAACUGCUGACAUGAUUGGAGUGAAGGAGCUGAGAGAUGCAUUCCGAGAGUUUGACUCUAAUGGUGAUGGUCGGAUCAGUACGCGCGAGCUGAGAGAUGCAAUGAGAAAGCUCCUUGGACAGCAGUUGGGACCCUGCGAGGUUGAUGAGAUCCUCAGAGACGUAGAUAUUAAUGGGGAUGGACUUGUAGAUUUUGAAGAAUUUGUGCGUAUGAUGUCUCGUUAAAGGAUUCCAUACCUAGAUGGAUAUAAAGAACUCUGUGAAAAAUGGAAAAACAUGCCUUUAGCAGCUGCAUAAUAUAAGCAUCAUAUAUGACAUUUGUAUGUUUAAUAAAAGUGACAUUUAUGUGUAUAUAUACAUGCAA